UGGGAGCUCCCUUCGCCUGUUUGCCCUUAUUUAAUUUCGAGUGUGAUUUUGCUAUUUUUAGCAGCUGGAUCCCCUCCAAUCCGCAGUCGCCGCGGGCGGGGGGUCCCUUCGCUCCGCAACAGAGACCCGCCGGGAAAAACAAAACCAUCAAACCGCCCCCAAAACCCACCGCGAACGCCCGGCUCCGGGAUCAAGCUGACUACGAUGAGUGAAUCCAGCGCCAAAUCCAGCCAGCCCCUGGCCUCCAAAGGGGAGAAAGACGUGUCGGAGAAGAGGGGCCGAGGGCGGCCUAGGAAGAAGCCACAGCAGGAGCCCAGCGAGGCCCCGACCCCCAAGAGACCCCGUGGACGGCCGAAGGGCAGUAAAAACAAGGCCACCCCAAAGGGCAGGAAAGCUGCAGUCACACCAGGGAGGAAACCUCGAGGGCGACCCAAAAAAUCGCAGCAGGACGAGGAGGAGGUGAACAUUUCCCAGGAGUCAUCCGAGGAGGAGCAGUGACACCUCCCAAACCGGCGCUACCUCAUCGCCCGACGGCCCCGCAGCGGCCGGGGGAGAGGGGCGGGGAGAGACCCACCGUGCCGCCCUGGCUUCCUCCUCCUCCUCCUCCCUCCUCCGCUCCCUCCUCACCCUCAGACAACGGCAGCACUGGAAAAUGGCCCAACCCGGGCGGCCCCCGCAGCCCCCGCCCGGGGGGGGCACCUGCCCCAGCUCCCCCUCCCCAGCCCUGGGGUUCGGGGCAGCCCCACUGGAAAGGGGGAUCAUGGCAGAGAGCCGGGGCUGGCACCCCCCACCUUCACUGCCCCCCGUGCAGUGAUCUCACCCCGCCAAAGUGGGUGCUGGCUGCCCCCCCAGCACUGGGCUCUGCCCUGGGGCCUCUGCAGGGAAGAGACAGGGGGGACAGUGAAGGUGAGACCCCCCCCAAAAUGCAUUAGACCUUUGCUCUGACCCUGGGCAACCCCUUUGUCCCCCCCAGUCCUGGGUGACUGCACUGUGUGCGGGAGCAGCUCCCACGGCGCUGCCGGGGCCCGGUGCCCAUCCCCGGGGUGCCCACCCCCAGGGGUGCCAGUCCCCAGGGGUGCCCGGGCACGGCUGGCUCCAGGCAGCCCUCUCCCCAUAGGUUCUGGUAUAUAUAUUUUUUUUUUGUUUAGUACUUUUUUUUUUUCCUUUCAUUCACAACUACCUCUGGAUAUUUAAGUUCCACGCUCUGAACUCACAGACGUGCUGCUGCGCUGCCAGGGCACCGUGGGCUCGGUGGUUCCUGUUUUCGGGCUGUUGCUGGGGGCUGUGGGGUAUUUUUUUU